GGUUAGUGUUAAUUCGAUUUUACACUUCUUCAUUCUCUGAAGACCAAGCUUGGCCAGCUGAGCUCAGUAACGCGAGCUUGUAACUCUUGUGAGGGCUUUGAAGCGGUGGAACGUUGGUUUAAACUAUUGGGUCGGGUCUAUGUUGGCAAUCUGCUGGCCUGCCCAUGUCAAGCCGAGAGCUGAGUCUUGUGAUCUUGGCGAAGGCUUGGGUCACUCUACUCCUGCAGAGGAGGGCACUGCGUGAGGCUGGUCUAACAGAGCAGCGAGUACCUCCCGCUCUCGACAGUGGUGGAUAACAGGCUGGUGCCUAUUGGGCCCAUCAUGGCUCCAUGGUUUGACCUCAAUUGAACCAUCACUUUUUUGCCCAAUAAAAGCUUAGAAACACCGAAAGUCCAAUUUCUGGACUCUCUCCUACCCCCGCUCUGUCCUUCGGUGGAGGCGGGAAAGGGAACCAUUAAAACAGCGCGUAAAUCUAGUCACACAGAGAAGUUACAACCAGCGAAAAUGGAAAGAGAGAGCUCCAACAACGACUUGCAGACUCUAAUAGAAGCCAUCAAAUCAUCAGAUGUUGUCGAGAGCCGCAUUCAGCUGCUUGCAAAACUCAGGGAGUUGGAUAUACCUGAGAAAACUGACUUGGCGUCUCUUGUUGAAUGCCUUACAACGUUUUGGGAAGACUUCACUUGCUUGGAUGUAUCUCAAUGCAUGUUAAACAAAGCUAUCUUGCAGGUGGUUGCAAAAUAUGUUGAUUCAGAUUUAUCUGAAUGCUUAGUGCAAUUUCUUGCUCUUGAGACACUGGCAAGUACGUGGUGUGGAAAACAUCUGAAGAUGACCCUUAUGUCAGCUGCUGAUUCUCAAGAAGAUGAGCAUUGUGUCAUAUUCUUUCAGCUUCUUUUGGAUUUCUUGGGCUUGUCUGCUGCUAGCAUGAUGGCUUUGACAAGAUACCCUGUUUUGACUGAUGAUAAUUCCACAAUUAUUGUUGAAAGGUUCAUUUUGGAACAGCUAAAUUUGACAAAGGAUGUAGUAUCAGAUAGUAAGAGAAUUGAUUCAAAUGGCUCAGAAAUACUGAAGGUUGCCCAGAUGGUGAUUGAUGGUGUGGUGAGACUAUGCAAGGAGUAUUCCCUAUCUGUGAAUUGGGAUUCCCAUGAUGCAGGACCUGAGAAGGCUUGCAGCAGCAUAGACCAUAGAGAGGCCAAUAUAAGGAAUCAUGUUAUAAACACAACAAAAUGUACUAUAGAGAAACUGUGUGAGCUCGGCAUCCUUGCUGCGAGUGAUGGUGGAAAUCUGGUAACCAUUCUCAAUGUGUCAUGGAAAGGUGUGGUCACCUUGCUUCAGCUAUGCAAGGGAACACUAGCAGAGAGGGUAAGCGUGCAAGAUAUUAUUGUAACCCUAAUUUCCUUUGUCACUGGACCUCUUAAAUUUGCAGCCACGGCUUGGUCUUCUUCAUUAGAGGAUACAGUUUCUGUAACUGAAGCCAGAAGGACAUUUCUUCCCGUCAAAUUUUACCUUAUUAAUGCCGUGAAAAUAUCUUCCUUAUAUCCAUGCCAAGCAUAUAUUGUAUACAAGGAGAUAGUACACUGCGCAAUAAUGAUCUCAGCCUUCAGGAUUUUCUUGAGCUAUGAAAAUCUUCUUAAGACUGCCAGUGAAGUGUUCUCAGAACUUUUAGAGAAGACAUCCAUGGAUUUGCUUACUUCUGUAAUAAAUUCGCCUGAAGUGAAAUUGGAGCAUAAGUUUGAACUUCUAGACUGGUUGUUCGUUGAGGAAUGCUACUCAAAUUCAUUCCCCAGAGAUUCAAGUAGAUAUCUACAUAUGUCAUCAAUGGUUGAAAUAUUUUCUGUAAGUUCGGAGUCUUUGCUCCAAGACAAGCGAUUGCUGCUUGCUCGUGUUGCACUGUUUCAGACAUUGCUCAGAUAUUCUGUUGACCUUGAAGCAGGUACACGGAACCUGAUAACAAGAAAGCUUGGGUGGUUUUUGGAUAUAUUAGUUGAUGAGGAGGUAUACCCUUCCAUUCUUGGUUUGCAAAUUCCUGUACCAUAUGGUUCUGGGAAAAAAAUUGAAUUGGUUUGGCAGCCUAUUUUUUCUGCUCUCUUGGAUGCAAUAAAAACCUUCAUGAUUGUGGUGUCAACUAAUGGUUGGUUGGAAUUGGAGGUUUUUCUGCUUGAGAAUCUUUUCCAUCCACAUUUUCUGUGCUGGGAGAUUAUAGUGGAACUUUGGUGCUUUUUGCUGCGUCAUGCUGAAAAUGACAUAGCAAAUGGCAUUAUUGAUAAGUUUUAUUCAUUAAUGAAAUUACUGGCAUCUCCAGAAUCAGUUCUUAUUCCUCCUUCUCCUCUAAGGAAAAUAGCAAGGACAAUAUGCUUGCUGCUUACUAAUGGGAUUCCAUCUAUGGUAGACCGUGUUUAUAGUUCAGUCAUUAAUGAUAACGAACCUCAAGUUGCAUCAGUUAUGUACGUAGCCUUGCUCUUGGAAGGCUUUCCUCUGAAUUCACUGUCAGCUAAUAUCAGAAGUACUGCUAAACAGAAAAUUGUUACUGAUUACUUUGGCUUUAUUGGGAGUUACAAUGACCAACUGUUGACUGCUUGCAGUUCUGGUUUAUUUGGGACUCCAGUUUUUGCACUUUCAGCCUCCCUGCAGUCACAACAGGUUAGCAUAUCUGAUGUUGACAUGAAGAGCCUCAACUUCUUGGCCAAUAUUAUUCGCAACUUCAGAAAUCCUGUGGACAAACUAUCGAAGGAACAUUACCAAAAGCUUUUAUGUGAAACAUUGGGGAUCGUCUCAAAUAUGAAGCAUCUAUAUAAAUCUGAUGAGAUAGGAGAAGUCAUCUUGGAGCUUCAAAACUUGUUUAUCACAGGGCCUGCGGCCUCAAAUCCUAUAUUGCACCAGUCCAAACCAUAUCUGGCACUUUUCAUGGGAGGACUUGGGGACAUGGAAAUGUCAGAAAGUGAUGAUUGUGCAAAGAGUUUGGCUGUAUGGGAGUUGUAUCACAUGCUAUUCAGGGAGCGGCACUGGGCACUUGCUCAUCUUGCAAUUGCAGCUUUUGGAUAUUUUGCUGCUCGUACUUCUUGCAAUCAACUAUGGCGAUUUGUGCCACAAAAUGCAGCUCUUUCGUAUGAUAUAGUGUCAGGAAAUGAAGCAAAUGAGGAGAGAUUUAUGUUCGAGUUAAAAGCAUUUCUCGAGAAGGAAAUGGCUCUUCUUACCAUUACACCUAGCUUUGAGCAGCUUGAGGUUCUUGUGAAGGAAGGUAUGGUUCUAAAAGAAAUGGUUCAAAAGAUUUCAGAUCUAAAUAUAGAGGCUAUGGAACAUGAGGAGAUUAAUGUUGACAUCCAAUUGAAUAAGAGAAGGAAACUCCCUGAUGGAAUUAGAAGGGGAGUAGAAUUAAUCCAGAGUGGUAUGAAGGUUAUCGGUGAUGGCCUUUCUCAGUGGCAGCAAAAUCACAUUGAAUCCUUCGAACAGCAUGACAAGUUUUUGAGUCACUUUUCUCAACUGGAAGAUGUCAUUGCCCAUAUAAUUGGCUUGUCUGGUAAUUGAUAAAUUGCAAUUUUAGCUAAAACAAUCAAAUAAAUGCGAAUGAGUGCUAGUAGAAUGUUCUAUGGAGGCCUGAGAAAGAGAACAACAGACAAAUUGUAAAGGUGCAGCGCGAACACGCGAAUGAUUGAGUGGCGAGCAGGUAUGGGUGUUUGCCUAUUCUUCUUGCAUAGAGUACAGAAGUAUUUUUUUGCUGUGAAAAUGGAUCUUCUUAAUCUUCCACAGUGUUGCAUAUCAUUUGGGAGAGUUCAUUUAUAAAAUGGAGCCGAAAACACAACUUAUUAAUAAUAUUAUAAAAUUUACAGAUUGAAGAAAAGACUAGGAAAAGUUUUGUGAAGAUGAAAAAGUUUUCCUGUGGUCAAGUUUCCCUUAGCAUAUUAAAAAUAAAGGAAAAGAAUCAUGUUGUUUUCUUAGUGGUCUUUUCGUAAUUUCAAUAACCAAUUGCUUAUGCAAGAUGUUAAUUGAUAAAAAUGUAAUAAUAGAAGAUGUUAAAAAAAUGCAUUCUGUAAAUGGAGAACAAUGUUUUUCCC